CGGGACUGAGUUCUCCGGUGGCCCCUGGAGGCUCGGGGCUGCAGGCUUUGGGAGGCUGGGAGGGGAGAAAGGGAGGGGCGCUGACUGGGCAGUCCAAAGAGGAGGGGGCCUUUAAUAGGCUCGCCCAGCGCCUGGUUUGCGGCGCCGCGAGAGGCUGCGGCUCGAAGAAGCGGCCCGGCACCUCCCUCUAGUUCUCGGCUGCAAAUCUCCGUCCUUGCACUUGACAGCGAUUGUACUUAAGCUCCCAGAGCGCGCUUUGCUGUGGAAAGGCACAGGUAGGAGGCGCGGGCUGCUCGGUGCACGCUCACUCCUCUGGGAGGAGUUUCUCUCCCUUUGCUCUGCUUUCCGGGAGCUACUGACUGCCCCGGAGCGUUGGUGGUUCCCCUGUGCCGGCUGCAAGGAGACUCGCCGGCGGGGGAGCGGGGCCGAGCCCUUCGGAGAGCGCGGCCGUGCGCUGCCCGGCGCCAUGCUUCUGCUGGUUAUCCUAACCCUGGCUCUCGCCGGGGUACCCGCAGGCGGGUCAGAGCCAGACCAGGAGGUGGUGGUCCCCAUCCGACUGGACCCGGACAUCAACGGCCGCCACUACUACCGGAGGGGUCCCGAGGACUCAGGGGAUCAGGGACUUAUUUUUCAGAUCACAGCAUUUCAGGAGGACUUUUACCUACACCUGACUCUGGAUGCUCAGUUCCUGGCGCCCGCCUUCGCCACAGAGCAUCUGGGCGUCCACCUCCCGGCACUCACCGGGAGCGCUCCAGACUUGCGACGUUGCUUCUACUCUGGGGACGUGAACGCCGAGCCAGAUUCCUUCGCCGCUAUGAGCCUGUGCGGGGGUCUACGCGGAGCUUUUGGGUACAGAGGCGCCGAGUAUGUCAUUAGUCCGCUCCCCAACGCCAGCGCGCAGGCGGCACAGCGCAACAGCCAGGGCGCACACCUCCUCCAGCGCCGGGGCGCCCCCGGCGGGCCCCCCGGAGAUCCCACCUCUCGAUGCGGGGUGGCCUCAGGCUGGAACCCUGCCAUUCUGCGGGCGCUGGACCCUUACAAGCCGCGGGAGGCCGGCUUAGGAGAGAGUCGCAGUCGGCGGAGGUCCGGGCGCGCCAAGCGCUUCGUGUCUAUCCCGCGUUACGUGGAGACUCUGGUGGUGGCGGACGAGUCAAUGGUCAAGUUCCACGGCGCGGACUUGGAGCAUUAUCUGCUAACGCUGCUGGCCACGGCGGCACGACUCUACCGCCAUCCUAGCAUCCUCAACCCCAUCAACAUCGUCGUGGUCAAGGUGCUGCUUCUUGGAGACCGCGACACAGGGCCCAAGGUCACGGGCAACGCUGCCAUGACGCUGCGCAACUUCUGUGCCUGGCAGAAAAAGCUGAAUAAAGUGAGUGACAAACACCCAGAGUACUGGGACACGGCCAUCCUCUUCACCAGGCAGGCGGCUAGAGGGCGAUCCAGAAAGUGGGGAGGCUGUGUUGGAAGGACCAACAUGCAGGACCUGUGUGGGGCCACCACCUGUGAUACGUUGGGCAUGGCUGAUGUGGGCACUAUGUGUGACCCCAAGAGAAGUUGUUCCGUGAUCGAGGAUGAUGGGCUUCCAUCAGCCUUCACCACUGCCCAUGAGCUGGGCCAUGUGUUCAACAUGCCCCAUGACAAUGUGAAAGUGUGCGAGGAGGUGUUUGGGAAACUCCGAGCCAACCACAUGAUGUCCCCAACACUCAUCCAGAUCGACCGUGCCAACCCCUGGUCUGCCUGCAGCGCUGCCAUCAUCACUGACUUCCUGGACAGUGGGCAUGGCGACUGCCUCCUGGACCCACCCAGCAAGCCCAUCUCCCUGCCUGAGGACCUGCCUGGUACCAGCUACACCCUGAGCCAGCAGUGUGAGCUGGCCUUUGGCGUGGGCUCAAAGCCCUGUCCCUACAUGCAGUACUGCACCAAGCUGUGGUGCACCGGCAAGGCGAAGGGGCAUAUGGUGUGCCAGACCCGCCACUUCCCCUGGGCAGAUGGCACCAGCUGUGGCGAGGGCAAGUUCUGCCUCAAGGGGACCUGUGUGGAGAGACAUAACCUCAACAAGUACAAGGUGGACGGCUCCUGGGCCAAGUGGGAGCCCUAUGGAACCUGCUCACGCACCUGCGGGGGGGGCGUGCAGCUGGCCCAGAGGCAGUGCAGCAACCCUACCCCUGCCAAUGGGGGCAAGUACUGUGAGGGAGUGAGAGUGAAAUACCGAUCCUGCAACCUGGAGCCCUGCCCCAGCUCAGCUUCCAGCAAGAGCUUCCGGGAGGAGCAGUGUGAGGCUUUCAACGGCUAUAACCACAGCACCAACCGGCUUACCCUUGCCGUGGCAUGGGUGCCCAAGUACUCUGGCGUUUCUCCUCGGGACAAGUGCAAGCUCAUCUGCCGAGCCAAUGGCACUGGCUACUUCUAUGUGUUGGCGCCGAAGGUGGUGGAUGGUACACCGUGUACUCCUGACUCCACCUCGGUCUGUGUCCAAGGCAAGUGCAUCAAGGCUGGCUGUGACGGGAACCUGGGCUCCAAGAAGAAAUUCGACAAGUGUGGGGUGUGUGGGGGCGACAAUAAGAGCUGUAAGAAGGUGACAGGCCUCUUCACCAAGCCCAUGCACGGCUACAAUUUUGUGGUGGCCAUCCCUGCGGGUGCCUCGAGCAUUGACAUCCGCCAGCGUGGCUACAAGGGGCUGGUUGGAGAUGACAACUACCUGGCCCUGAAGAACAGCCAAGGCAAGUACCUGCUCAAUGGGCACUUCGUGGUGUCGGCCGUGGAGCGGGACCUGGUGGUAAAGGGCAGCCUACUGCGCUACAGUGGCACGGGGACGGCGGUGGAGAGCCUGCAGGCCUCCCGGCCCAUCCUGGAGCCCCUGACUGUGGAGGUCCUCUCCGUGGGCAAGAUGACACCACCCCGGGUCCGCUAUUCCUUCUACCUUCCCAAAGAGCCUUGGGAGGACAAGGCCUCCCACGCCAAGGACCCCCGUGGCUCCUCGGUGCACCACAACAGUGUCCUCAGCCUCUCCAAUCAAGUGGAACAGCAGGACGACAGGCCCCUGGCGCGCUGGGUGGCAGGCAGCUGGGGGCCUUGCUCUGUGAGCUGUGGCAGUGGCCUGCAGAAGAGGGUGGUCGACUGUCGUGGGCCCCCAGGGCCACGCUCCACGUCUGCCUGUGAUGCAGCCCAUCGGCCAGUGGAGAUGAGAGCCUGUGGGGAACCCUGCCCAACCUGGGAGCUCGGCGCCUGGUCGCCCUGCUCCAAGAGCUGUGGCCGGGGAUUUAAGAGGCGUCCACUCAAGUGUUUGGGCCCUGGAGGGCGGCUGCUGGCCCGGGACCAGUGCAACCUGCGCCGGAAGCCCCAGGAGCUGGACUUCUGUGUCUUGAGGCCAUGCUGAAUGGGACUGUCCUUUUCUCCUCCUCACUCUCCGCCCCAUUGGUGCUGCCAGGGCUCUGGCCAGCUGGAGCCAUGGGCAGAGGGCGGUGGCCGGGUGUCAAGGCCAUAACGUCACUCACUUCCAGGGACAAGGACCAUGGGCAGGGCUAAGAGGUCCCUUCCUCCUCCCUGGCCUGGGCGGGGGAAGCCAAGUGACUAACGCACAGUCUACCUCACGCCCGGCUCCUCCAGGGCCCAGUCUGGGAGAGGCUGAGAGGUGCGGGCACUGGGCAGAGGCUCUGGGGCCCAGUUUCCGAGGGACCUGGAGGAUGGGCACCUCCCAGGCAGAACUUCAGGGACCUUGGCCCCCGUAAGGGAGGCCACAGGCUGCUGGAAGAGCCAUGGCCCAGCAGCUUGGCACCCUCAGGUGGCCCCGGGGGCUCUAAGCCGUUUCUGAACAAGGCAGGUUUCUAUGGUGCUGUCAGCCCGCCUUUCCUUUCUGACUGACCAGGACUGAAUAAUGAAAAAAACAAUGACUGGUGUGGGCAGAAACUGGUAGGAGAGUGGGGUGAGGAAUAACAAAUCUGGGAAGAGGUUUAUGUGUAGGGGGAGUCCGGAGCUUUCUCAUCUUCCUUCUACUCCUGACCCUCCGUCAAGAGCUGCCUCUUCUUCCUGUGUUGUCCAGGACAUUAGGCUGGGUGGAGGGCUUCCAAGUACGUGCUCGCUGAGGCUUUGCAAAUAGGUACAGGAAGUCAAUAAGGAGUCUAUUGCCUUCUUCAGGAAGGACUGGACCAUUGAAAAAAGAUGGAAGGGAUGAUGGAUUCUGUGGUGAAACAGGGAGCUUGAGCAGUGGCCUAGAAUGUUCUUUGUCACUGGGACUGGGCUUGAGGUUUGGGGCAAUGUCACCCUGGGAUGGGGAGGAGUCCUCAGUUUCAAUGACUCCUUCCUCCAGAGAGGUAGGUAUAAAUAGGGCUGCUGCCUUGGGCUCUGUGUUGCCUCAGAGAACCUUCAGAGUGGCCACUAAGAGGGACGUGGGAGAUGCCCAGGAGGGUUAGGUGCUGAACAUCCAUAUGCCUGGAGGUGGGUCCUUCAUCUGGACAGCUACAUGUGGUCUGGCUUUGGGCACAUCACAUGGCAUUGCAGUUGGAUAAUGGGGUUCACUGUUUGCUACCUCAGGCUAUGCUUUUGGGUACACACACCUGUCCCUUUCGUGGGGCAGUGGUGACUCUGGUGCUUCCAGUGGACCUGGCUGUUGUCCUCUGCAGACUGAGCUGCCCAGACACAAAGAUAAGCGUGUGGUACAUGGCUUCCUUCCCCCAGAGCCUGGCCACCCACUAGGGCUCCAAAAAUGAAAGCAGGAUCUCAGGUGCCUUGGGGACAGGCUUCAGGAGACACAACAAUCAAUGACCUAAAAAAAAAAAGAAAGAAAGUAAGAAAGAAAGAAAAUCAAUGACCUGACCCAGAGGUACUUGGCAGCCACCAACGGGAACUCCUGUCUAUCCUAGAGACGUGUUGGGGCUGUAGAAACCAGGGUGUUUCCUGGCGCUCCAAGUGGGAAGAUGUUCUGGGGUGAGAGAGCGUUUGGUCAAGCAGGGUAUUUCUUGAGGGUGCAGCUGCUCCCGCACGAAUGUGGGAGAUUCUGCUUCUGAGUUAGGUAAUAUGUCCUGGACUUUAGUGAGGUGAUACGGGGGCAAGUAUCUUCCCUGAGAAAGGGCCUCAGUCCUUUUAUUUGGCUUCCCCUAGUAGGCAGACUCCACAAACCAGCCAUUCAGGUAAACCUCUGGGAUGGUGCUCCAAUCCCAGCCCAGCCCUGGGCUGAGCCCUUGACCGGAACCCCCACAGCAGGGUAGAGGGCGUGUGGAUCUCUGAAGCAGAGCUGCAGCCAUUCCUGGAGAAUGAAGCAAGGAGGAAUCUUCCUCCCUGUAUAGAGAAACCGUGGGGCUGAGACCAUCAAAAGGACGCAGGGCACCAGGGCAGAUGUAGACCCCCACGAGCCGACGAUAGCACUGCUCUCCGUGCUUGGUGCACCCCUCCUCGGUGAGGAGAGGGUGGCGCGGGGGCUGUGCAGAACGGGCAGGGGAAUGGGGAGGGGGGGAAGGGUGCUGCCGUCAGUGGGGGUGACUGGUCCCUUAGCAGAGCAGCUUUAGAAAUCAUUUCGAGGAGAGACGACCUAUCUUGUUCCUGACACGAGCUGGGUCUCAAAUGCUCUUUUCUGUCAUGAAUUUUUUUUUUCAUUUAAAAAAGAAGUAUGACCAAGACAACUUGGGAGGUUUGUCUUAUCUUUGACCAUUUUGCUAAUCCAACCAUGUUCUCCAAGGCUGAGCAGAGACAAGCCUCAAGGUACAGAUUUCUGGUGAUGGAAUGAAAAGGUGGUAUCUCAUAUCUAUAGAAGACGAGGAAGAUUCUGGGGGUUCCAGAGACUUCGUCCAUGGGGUGUGGACCAGUAAGGAUCUGGGCUCAGGAGUCCCCUGCCUCCUCUGCCUUUUGUGUGCACUGAUUGGAGGAGUCCAACCUUGUGAGCCUGGCCAUGUUGGAGUAGGGGGCUGGGGUGAGCUGAAGGGCUUGGUUGUUCCCAGCCUGGGAGUUGGCUCCCGAAGGCACUAGACACUGUCACUUACAGAGCCCCCCUUUUGUGUUUGGUUCUUUCGCAUUCCACGUGCAGCAGACGGAUGGAAGGACCUAGGUCCUGGCUGGGCUGUGUAUACUGUGUAUACAUGGGAGCUGGCUGCUGCGGGGACAACAGCCUGCUCCUAAUAAAGUUGUAAGUAUUUAA